UAAUGAGAUGGCCUUUUUAAAAACCUUUGUCAGCUUAUUCUUUUUGCUAAGGCAAAUGAAUCUGAGAAGCACCUUCCCACUCUGAGGGAGGUGGCUAAGUCGUUCAAGGGAAAGUUUGUUUUUGUUUAUGUGCAAAUGGACAAUGAGGAUUAUGGAGAAGCAGUUUCUGGAUUCUUUGGUGUUACCGGCACUGCCCCCAAGGUUCUUGUAUACACUGGAAAUGAAGAUAUGAGGAAAUUUAUUCUGGACGGUGAAUUGACAGUUAAGAACAUUAAGACACUUGCGGAAGAUUUUCUAGCAGACAAACUGAAGCCUUUCUACAAGUCAGAUCCACUACCUGAAAAUAAUGAUGGUGAUGUAAAGAUCAUUGUGGGAAAUAAUUUUGAUGAGAUUGUUCUUGAUGAGUCAAAGGAUGUUCUUCUCGAGAUAUAUGCUCCUUGGNUGAAUCCAAGGUGUUUCGUGCUUUCCUUCUUGGAUUUAUCUUUCCUUUUUUUUAACUUAGUCAGAGUUUUGUAA